AUGCCAAACCUGAAGAAGGUACCUCAAAAGCCCCAUCCCAUCGGCCAAGAGUUUAAGACACUCGCGGACCAUCACUCUUAUUGCAUCCUGCAGACGGAUACUGUCAGUGAUCCAAUGCCGAAGGAGUUUGAUAACGACCCAGGUAUGAAAAAGCUUACAAUUACUAGUAAGCGGUUGGUAAAGCCAUGGUUUGAAAGUGGCAGAACUGUUAUUAUUGCAGAUUCUUGGUUUGGAUCUCCAGACAUAAUUUCAAUGUUGACCAACCUUGGACUGUAUGGAAUCAUGCAGGUCGCAAGAAGAAGGUACUGGCCUCGUGGAAAGCCCACAACAGAUAUAGCCGAGCAAGUGGAACCCUCUUAUGGUAGCCCUUACACCAAGAAGAAGACUACAGAUGGUGGCAGCAUGUUUGUAUGCGCCUACCGAGAAAAGAAGGUGAAGGCGUUUGUGUCUUCUUGUGGGACAACGAGGAUCAAAGGUCCUACAGGGACUCUGAUGGCCAUACUGUUACUAUCCAGCGGCUAG